AUGUCUUUAAACGGCAAAGUCGCGCUCGUGACGGGAGCUGCUAGAGGUAUCGGUGCCGCAAUUGUGCGCACACUGGCCGCCCAAGGCGCAAAAGUUGCCUUCAACUAUGUAUCAGAGUCUUCCGAAAAGGCGGCGCUCGCAUUGGUUGAAGAUGUCAAGCGUCUAGGCAGCUCCGCCGUGUGCGUGAGAUGUGAUGUAGCCGCGCCAACGGCGCCGGCAACUAUUUUGCACGCGGCCUUGACGGGAUUUGGUGUUGACAAGAUUGACAUUCUAGUCAAUAAUGCAGGCCUAGGUGGUAACACUGCGUUGGAGGACAUAACGGUAGAAGAGUACGAGCGGCUAAUGGGGGUCAAUGUGCGCGCCGUCCUGUUCAUGACUCAGGCCGUGCUACCUUAUAUCUCACGAGGUGGUCGCAUCGUCAAUUUGUCGUCGAUAUCAGCGCGUGGUGGCUACGCGACGCAAUCGGUUUAUGCGGCAACAAAAGCAGCAGUCGAAGGCUUCACACGCGUUUGGGCGACCGAGCUGGGACACAAGUAUGGUGUCACGGUGAAUGCUGUGAACCCCGGGCCAGUCGAUACCGACAUGUAUCGCGCCGCGGGCCCAGUUCAUCUCGCCCGCAUGGAGGAACAAAACAAAAAGGUCCCGGCCGCACCUAGAUGUGGAACGGAAGAAGAUGUUUCAGACAUCAUCCUCUUUCUAUGCGAAGAGCGAUCACGAUGGGUCACGGGCGAUGUUAUAUGCGCAAAUGGAGGAAUGUUGUACACCUAA